AUGUCAAGUAGUGCGAAAAGGUCGGGUGUUUGGAAAUACUUUGUGGAGGUUGAUAAAAACAAAUCUAAGUGUAAUUUGUGUGGAGUUCAACUAUCACGUGGAGGUAUGGGAAAAACUGCGACUACUUCGUCCAUGAAAAGACAUUUGCAGACUAAACAUAAGUCGGAGUAUGAAGAGGUUUUUGGUACUACAAGUAUUGCUUCAAGUAGCAAAGAAUUUGUCUCUCAGUCCAGUCAAUCACAAGUGAGUGGUUUUUUGAAGCAGCCGUCUUUAGAAGAUAUGUUAGAAAAGAAAAAGUUGUGGGAUAUUAAUGAUUCUAGAGCAAAGAGGUGCCAUUAUUUAAUCGGUGAAAUGAUCGCAGUGGAUAACGAGCCAUUUUCUAUCGUGGAAAGUCAUGUAGGGUUUCGCCGGUUUGUCAAUAAUAUUUUACCGCAGUACGAGAUACCAAGCCGAAUAUAUUUUAGCGAAAAUGUAAUUCCAGAUAUAUAUAACAAAGUGGUGAACAAUAUCAAGUCAAGAUUGGCACCGGUCAACCACAUCUCUUUUACUACAGACAUGUGGACAUGUCAAACUAACAAAACUUGUUUCCUCAGUUGUACUGCCCAUUGGUUAGAAGAAAGUUAUAUGCUUGGUCAUGCAGUGCUAGAUAUAAAGGUUUUCCCAGAGAGUCAUACGGCAGAAAACAUAAAGAAAAGCUUACUCGAUUCGGUUUCCGAUUGGAACAUACCAGCUACGAAAGUACGUGCCGUUGUACAUGACAAUGCAGCAAAUAUAACAAAAGGUGUGAAAGACGCAAACUUCCCUUCUUUUCGUUGUUUUAUUCACACUCUGCAAUUAGUAAUUAAUGACGCUAUAGACGCUAAUACUUCUGUUAAAGAAACAAUUUCUGCUGCUCGACGAAUCGUGACACAUUUCAAUCACAGUGGUUAUAACAAACUUCACGAGAUUCAAGAGGAACUUGGCCUUCCAAAAAAGAAACUACAUCAAGAUGUUAUUACCAGAUGGAACUCAACUUAUUAUUUACUGGAACGUAUUAUUGAACAGAGACGAGCUAUUUCUGUCUACUUCGCAGAAUCUCGAAAUUUGAAUUUUGAAAACUUGUCAAGCGAUCAAUGGGAAAUAGUGUUGCAGUUAAUCAUAUUAUUGAAACCUUUUGAAGAAGUGACGAAAAUAACUAGUAGCACGUAUUCUCCUAUUUCCGAUGUAAUUCCGCAUGCUGUCACAUUGAUGAGAUAUUUACGAAAAGAAGAACUGUCGGAGAAAACGUAUCAAGUUGAUGAUUUUAGAAAUGCCCUCGUAAGCAAUAUGAACAAAGUCACGCGUUUCAAUCUUGAAUAUUUGUUUGAAAACAGAACUUAUCUCCUUUCGACCUUUUUAGACCCACGCUACAAAAUCAACUUUUAUAAUGCUUAUCAAGCAGAUCAAGCUCGCAAGGCUGUCCUAAGAGAAGCUCUAAAAAUAUCGCUAGACACAGAAGAUGAUGAACUUGUCAUUGAUGCAGAGCCAGCAGAAAAAAAAGCUAGAAUGAUAGAUAGAGAUCAUACUGCUUCUGAAGCUCAUAAUCUAUUCUGGGAAUGUUUUGAAGAAGCCGCUGACGCAUCAACUAGUUACCAGCCUAAUGAUCCUAAGAAUUCCGCUGCAGCAGAUGUCAAUAAAAAGUGUUCGGACAUAGCUGGCAUGCAUAUGUGCUAUGUGAGGCCUGGCUUGGUGACCGCCUUGAACGGAGGCGUUGGGUACGACAAGUGGGACCGGGGCGGGGGCGGCGGUGGGGGAGGCGGCGUGGGCGGCGGCGGCGGCGGCGGCGGCGGCGCGGGCGGAGGUGCGGGCGGCGCGUGGGCGGGUCGCGAGCGCGAGCGCGAGCGCGAACGCGACCGGGAACGCGAGCGGCAGGCUCGCGCGCACCAAAUGUCGCACGCGCACGCCGCCGAACCGGAUGCCUCGUCGCUCUUCCCGGCACCUGUCAGAGUGACCGGUAACAGGGACCGUGUCAGCCAGCAGAUACAGAUCAAGCUCGGCGACUACCAUCUCGCGCAAACGUUGCUCGACGACCCCAGCAAAUCAAUAGGCAUAUGUGCGGAGCCACCUAGCCCGGCGCCAUGUCACACGUCGCGACGGGAGAGCGAGUUCAAAAAACCGGUACACGCUCCGCAGAACGGCCGUGUCCACCACCGACCGCCCUACUCCUACAACAAGAGCGAGAACCUCAAUUCAACGGGGGCACCCGCACAUCGACCGCCCCCACUUCGGAUAUCCAAUGGCUUCCAACCACAGAGUUCCAUCGAUAGCAGUCAACCGCCAAUAGAAAGUAUUUUAAAGGAAAUGAAGUCCCUGCCUACCCCGUUGUCAGUGAUAGCAGCAACGCCGAGGAAAGAACUUGAGAACAAGUUUAUCUUCAACCCCUAUACUAAUAAGGUGCAAGAGAAUCCCCAACUCACAAACAACGAUCUCAAAACGCCACUAACAAAACCCGGUCUCGACAACCGGAUAUCUAAUUCGAGGAGUUCCGUCUCGCCUGAGGUGGUAAACAAAGACUUGGGCCUGUCGGAAAGCGACGAUGAGGUCGCUGCUACCACCACAAGGCUUGAACCAAUCCUCUCACCAAUCGGCUCCGGCGGUAGUCCGAGCUCGGGAAGCGAAACCUCCCCCUCGGAUUCCGAGUCGGAGUCCUCCUCCGCCGAAUCUACGGUGGCGUCGACGCCCGCCCCGGCUGCGCAGCCAGCAGAGAGAGCGUCGUGGAGCUUGAGCAACUUUGCUCCACCACCAGCUCAUCCACCGGAGCACGCCAGUUACGACACCGGGAAGGAGUUAAGGCACGCCCUCGCCGAUGUUAAGGGAAAACCAAGCCCGAUAUCGGAGUUAUCCGAUUCAGACGCGUCCUCUCCGUCACCAAGCGCGACACGGCGGAGGAGGUCAAUUGCUAACCGCAUCUCCACUGCUUCCAGCGAUGAAGACACUCCACGCUCUCAUAACACGGCUUCCCCUUUGACGUCGAAUGCGGGGUCAACGGCACCUACGAGCACCGCGCCGGUGAAGCGCGGCCGACCCCCCAAGCCUCGCACCUCGGAGGAGCGGCCGGUGAAAAAGAAGCGUGGACGGCCCCCAAAACGACCUACCUCCCCUGCGCCCCCAGUGCCCCCCGCACCCCCGGACAGCGACGUCGAGCCCGACCCACCGCACCACCACACGCUGCAGGACACCAAGACGCAUAUAUUCCGAAAGGUUUUCACUCCAAAAAAGGGUGACGAAUGCGGAGGUAAGGGCGGCAAGGGGGGCAAAGGGAAAGGCGGCAAGGGAAAAGGUCAGGUGACGAUCAUCGAAGUGACCGCCCCGGAGUCCGGAGCGGACGACGACGAUCGAAGGCAUCGAGAACGUUCCAACGAACGGCGGAAUGAAGAAGCCAUCGCCAGGGUUUCUCCACCACAGGAACCGGAAACAUUAACGAGGAGAAGAGAAGCGGAAAGAAUAGCGAACGAAAGAAUACAGGAGCGUAUGUCAAUCGAACGGUCUGACCAUCGCCGCUCCGUUGACAGAAUACCAGAUCGGGUUACGGAUCGAACGUCAAACGAUCGCUUACCGUCGGAUCGAAUACCUAACGAAAGGUUACUACCUGAUCGUGCGUCAAGCGAUCGCUUUCAAAACGACAGAAAAUCUAGUGAUCGUUCACAAACAGAUCGAAUACCAGAUAGAAUGUCCAUUGAUCGGUCAGAACGUAUCUCCAAUGAUCGAUUACCUGAUCGAACGGUUAGCGAUCGAGUAUCCUCAGAUCGAACAUCAAACGACAGAUUGUCGGAAAGACUAGCGAACGAUCGAUUAGCGCCCGAAAGGUUGCCUAGUGAUCGGUUGCAGAUGGAGAGGUUAUCUAACGAUCGGAUACUCUCGGAGCGAUUACCUACAGAUCGGUUACCAACGGAUCGGUUACCCACGGAUCGGAAGUCAAACGAUCGGAUACCAUCAGAUCGUAUGUCUAAUGAUCGGAUAACUUUGGAUCGGUUAUCAUCGGACAGACUGUCGAAUAACGACCGGUUAUCAACGGAGAGGUUAGCGGUUGGGCUUUUAGCUCACGACCGGCUAUCGUCAGAGCGAAGGUCAAGUGAAAGACUGUCGAGUGAAAAGAUAACAAUCGAUCGACUUUCCAGCGACAAGUUAGAUCGGUUGUCGAGUGACAAAUUGUCGCACGAACGACUUUCUGGCGACAAAUUGUCGAUGGAGCGCUCAACGAGUGAGAAAACAACGCUAGAGCGGUUACCAAGCGAAAAAUUGACGUUGGAGAGGUUCGUGUAUGCAGAAGCAGACGUCGGCUCGGGGCUGAAAUCUGGUCGGGGCUCCGAAAGAUUGGAGGAAGCGUCGUCCAAUGUGUCGGAGCGUCGUGCGCGCGGACGUGUGAUGGUGCGCGUGCCGCUGAGCAGGCUGCGCGCUGACACGCUGCGCGCGCUGCAGCGUCCGCCACGCCGCGUGCCGCCCGCGCGCCCCACGCCCACGCACCAGGGUGUGGAGGUGGCGAGCGUGACGCAAGAGCGACCUGCUGUCGGUCAGACGCCCAUUUAUUACUCGUACUUCGAACGAUUGCCUGCAGACGCGCUAUCGGAUGAAGAACGCGACCAUAAGUAUUACCUAAGCGAAGCGGCACGUCUCCGUACUGCGGCAGAACGGGAACAAGAGCCAUUAGCUCGCGUCAUGCUAUACCUGGAGUCAGUGCUGUGCUUCGUUCUAACCGGUCGGGUGCUGGAGCUAGAACUUGACACUAAACGCGCUUUCACAAUAUAUCGGGAAACAAUCGAGUAUAUAAAAUCAAUACACUCGAUGCCGCAACGAUUUCGCGCUUCGCCGCAUUCCACCUUUAGUUCAACAUUCAGCAAGCUCGAUAUAUUAAGCCUCAGAGUGCAAGCGCUAUUGUACCUGCGGAUGUUCAAAAUGUACAAUCGUGAAGUAAAGGAAUACAACAAGAUUGUGCAGGAAUAUCAACAGAAGCCGGCGUGCGCGGAGUCGGUGUCGUCGGUGUCGCCGCUGUCGCCGACGCCGUCGCCGGCGGGCUCCGCGGGUUCGGCGGGCUCCGCCGGCUCUGCGGGCUCGGGCAGCGCGUCGUCGGGCUACUGCUCGCUGGCGCACGCAGUGCCGGCGCACGCGCACCACGCGCUGCUGCAGCUCACCAAGUACUACACCUUCCUGUACGUGGCGCACGACCUCUGGGAGCAGGCCGACGCGCUCUGCAGGCUCAGGCCCAACCAAGACCUGUUCAUAGCGGUGGACCGGAAAUGCGGUCCUUUGACGUUGUUCUCUACGUUCCGGCACCUGGUGCAGUACGUGCGGCACGCGAUCGCGCUGCUCAAGAGCGCGCCGCGCGAGUGA